AUGUCGCCCGCAGAGACUUCUCCUCUGCUGCCCCAGCAUCAGGACCCGACGAAUACGUCACCACGGGCGAACCGACAACCGCGAUCGGUAUCGUUCAAUCCCCUCACGCAAAUUAGCACCUACGGCGGCACAACAGCUGCCUCCGAUCCUACGUUCCGGCCUUUGCAAGCGGCCUCACCUCCCGUGCAAAAUGUCAAUGCCCAGGGCCAGCGCCCGGGCAGCCAGCCCAUGCUCUCGGCACUGAACAGCAAACUUCGCCGUCGCAAUAGCCAUGGAGCCCCCUUUAACAAUCUGUCGAACCCUGCACACCCAGCGGCCAAAAUUGGACCGCAGCGAACAACCAAGAAAGCGCAAAAGCUGAAAUUGCUGCCGGAUCCGGUGACGGAAGAGGAGGAAGGGUCUGAUGGAGAUUUCCCUCGGGAUGUCUAUUCACAAAUUACCAGAAUCAAGGAUCCUGCGGCAAGAAGUCACGCUGCAAGACUUGGCAAGGCUGACCGUGAUCGCAUACCUCGAGUGACGGCUUACUGCACAGCCAAUUCUUAUCGCCUCGAAGGCGUUAUCAAAUUCCUGAAAUCACGGAGCAAGACUCGUGGAGCCAAUCCCAAACUCUAUGACGAAUGUGUUUACUCGACUUUUGAUUACCAGUAUGAAGAGAAGCAUAAUGGUGUCCGAUUCUUCCAAGACCCCAGCGGUAAUGGGCAUCACGAAAGGAGACCCAGUGAGAGACGCUACUCGGAUAGCGUAGUUGAGGUGGAAGACAAUAAAAAGAGCCGCAGGGACGACUUGAUUGAUCUGCACGAGGAGGCUGGACACUCACUCGAUCAUACCGAGCAGGCAGUUGUGCAAUCCACCCCCGACAUUGACACCACAAUCCACACACCCGAGGUGUUCCUCUUUGACUAUGGAACUGUUGUAAUAUGGGGCAUGUCACCGGCACAGGAAUCAAGGUUCUUAUCCGACAUUUCGAAAUUUGCAACCUCAAUCCUCAGUCCCGAUGACACGCAGAUCGAAAACUUCAAUUUCUACUAUGCGCGCGAGUACCAGGCCCGCAUAUAUAACGACUUCAUCUCACUGCGCGACCCUCGCAACCAUAUGAUCAAGCUGGCGAUUUCUCAUGCGCUGGCUCAGUCUGUGAAGACCUCGCUCUUCGAAGAUCUUGUCUCUGAGACCAUCACCGAUACUGCGCCGCUACCUGCUCAAAUUGCGCAGACGGGUAGUGUCAACCUCACUCGCCGACAAAUCAACAUGCAAAUUGGAGAGCUCUUCAUUCUGCGCAUCAACAUCCAUCUGCAGGGAUCUGUCCUUGAUAGUCCGGAACUCUUCUGGGCAGAGCCACAGUUGGAACCUGUCUACCAGGCCGUCCGAAGCUAUUUAGAAAUGGACCAGCGCGUCAGUCUGUUGACAGAGCGACUGGAUGUAAUUGCUGAUCUUCUCGCGGUUCUGAAAGACCAAUUGACCCAUCGCCAUGGUGAAUAUCUUGAGUGGAUUGGUAAGUCUCCUCGUUUCAAGAUGAAAAUCAAACUAACCAACAUCACAGUCAUUGUCCUUAUUGCCGCAGAGAUUCUCGUGGCCGCCAUCAAUAUCGUUGUCGAUCUCUACGCUGGAGUGGACUAG